AUGCUAACACAUGAUCUCCCAAAAGAUAUCCCAAAAUUUGAAUUGGAUGAAAAUACCAAAAGAUUAGAACGACUAUUAGAUGAUAAAAGCGAAGUCAUAGUUGAAGGGCAUGUACCAAAUCCUUUCCAAAGAAGCAUUAAAGUUAAUUUUCUUCAUGCUGCCAUUGAAUCACAAACUGAAUGUUUGUUUUAA